CCUAUUGUUUCUGAAAACGCUGACCAGGACCCACACUUCCAACAAAAAUUCCUCUACCCCUUACAACAGCAGCAAAAGCAGCAGCAGAAGUAACAGCAAUAGAGAAGUGUUUUGAUGAAUUGCAAGAUGGCUGGGGCUUGCAGUGCCCCCAGUCCUGCUGAUACCAAAUGCCUUUAAGAUACAGCCUUUCCCAUCCUAAUCUACAAAGGAAACAGGAAAAAGGAACUUAAAACUCCCUGUGCUCAGACAGAAAUGAGACUGUUACAGCCCGCUUCUGUGCUGUUCCUUCUUGCCUCUGACUUGUAAACAAGACCUAGUAAAACAUGCGAAUGGAAAGUCACAAACCUCUGUGUGUUUGAAAGGAUCCUUGGGACCUCAUGCACUUCUGUGGAAACUGGAUGGAGAGAUUUGGGGAAGCAUGGACUCUUUAGCCGGCUUAGUUCUCUGUGGAGUCAGCUUGCUCCUUUCUGGAACAGUGGACAGUGCCAUGGACCUGAUCUUGAUCAAUUCCCUACCUCUCGUGUCUGAUGCAGAAACAUCCCUCACCUGCAUCGCCUCUGGCUGGCGCCCCCAUGAGCCCAUCACUAUAGGAAGGGACUUUGAAGCCUUAAUGAACCAGCACCAGGAUCCACUGGAAGUUACUCAAGAUGUGACCAGAGAAUGGGCUAAAAAAGUCGUUUGGAAGAGAGAAAAGGCUAGUAAAAUCAAUGGUGCAUAUUUCUGUGAAGGGCGCGUUCGGGGAGAAGCAAUAAGGAUCCGGACCAUGAAGAUGCGACAGCAAGCUUCCUUCCUACCAGCUACUUUAACCAUGACUGUGGACAGGGGAGAUAAUGUGAACAUAUCUUUCAAAAAGGUGUUGACUAAAGAAGAAGAUGCAGUGAUUUACAAAAACGGUUCCUUCAUCCACUCAGUGCCCCGGCACGAAGUACCUGAUAUUUUAGAAGUGCAUCUGCCUCACGCUCAGCCCCAGGAUGCUGGCGUGUACUCAGCCAGGUACAUAGGAGGAAACCUCUUCACCUCGGCCUUCACCAGGCUGAUAGUCCGCAGAUGUGAAGCUCAGAAGUGGGGACCUGAAUGUAACCGCGUCUGUACUGAGUGUAAGAACAAUGGUGUCUGCCAUGAAGAUACAGGAGAAUGCAUUUGCCCACCUGGGUUUAUGGGAAAGACCUGUGAGAAGGCUUGUGAGCUGCACACAUUUGGCAGAACUUGUAAAGAAAGGUGUAGUGGACCAGAGGGAUGCAAGUCGUAUGUGUUCUGUCUCCCAGACCCCUACGGGUGCUCCUGUGCCGCAGGUUGGCAGGGUCUGCAGUGCAACGAAGCGUGCCAGCCGGGUUAUUACGGGCCGGACUGUAAGCUUAGUUGCAGGUGCACCCAUGGGGAGCUGUGUGACCGAUUCCAAGGAUGUCUCUGCUCUCCAGAACGCCAAGGGCUCCAGUGUGAGAAUGAAGGCACGCCAAGGAUGGUCCCACAAAUAGAGGAUUUGCCAGAUCACAUAGAAGUAAACAGCGGUAAAUUUAACCCCAUCUGCAAAGCGUCUGGCUGGCCACUACCUGCCAAUGAAGAAAUGACUCUCGUGAAGCCGGAUGGGACAGUGCUGCAUCCAAAAGACUUCAACCUCACGAGUCAUCUGUCAGUGGCCACAUUCACCAUCCACCGGAUCCUCCCCCCUGACUCAGGAGUCUGGGUCUGUAGCGUGAACACUGUGGCUGGGAUGGUGGAAAAGCCUUUCAACAUCUCUGUUAAAGUUCUUCCAAAGCCCCUGAAUGCCCCAAACGUGAUUGACACUGGACAUAAUUUUGCUGUCAUCAACAUCAGCUCUGAGCCUUACUUUGGCGAUGGACCAAUCAAAUCCAAGAAGCUUCUAUACAAACCUGUUAAUCAUUAUGAGGCGUGGCGGCAUAUUCAAGUGACAAAUGAGAUUGUUACACUCAACUAUUUGGAACCUCGCACAGAAUACGAGCUCUGCGUGCAGCUGGUCCGGCGUGGAGAGGGCGGGGAAGGGCAUCCAGGACCCGUGAGACGGUUCACAACUGCUUCUAUCGGUCUCCCUCCUCCAAGAGGUCUCAUCCUCCUACCAAAAAGUCAGACCACUCUAAAUUUGACCUGGCAACCAAUAUUUCCAAGCUCGGAAGAUGACUUCUAUGUUGAAGUGGAGAGAAGGUCUGUACAAAUGAAUAGUGACCAGCAGAAUAUCAAAGUGCCAGGCAACCUGACUUCAGUGCUGCUCAACAACUUACACCCCAGGGAGCAGUACAUAGUCCGAGCCAGAGUGAACACCAAGGCCCAGGGGGAAUGGAGUGAAGAUCUCAUUGCUUGGACCCUUAGCGACAUUCUCCCUCCUCAACCAGAAAAUAUCAAGAUUUCUAACAUCACAGACUCCUCAGCCAUGAUCUCUUGGACAAUCUUGGAUGGCUAUUCUAUUUCUUCUAUUAUCAUCCGUUAUAAGGUUCAGGGCAAGGAUGAAGACCAGCACAUUGACGUGAAGAUCAAGAAUGCCACCAUUACCCAGUAUCAGCUCAAGGGUCUAGAGCCUGAAACAGCUUACCAGGUGGACAUUUUUGCAGAGAACAACAUAGGGUCAAGCAACCCAACCUUUUCUCAUGAACUGAUGACCCUUUCUAAAUCUCAAGCACCAGCGGACCUUGGAGGUGGGAAGAUGCUGCUUAUAGCCAUCCUUGGUUCUGCAGGAAUGACCUGCCUGACGGUGCUGUUGGCCUUCCUUAUCAUGUUGCAGUUGAAGAGGGCAAAUGUCCAAAGGAGAAUGGCCCAAGCUUUCCAAAACGUGAGGGAAGAACCAGCUGUGCAGUUCAACUCAGGAACUCUGGCCCUGAACAGGAAGGCCAAAAACAACCCGGAUCCUACAAUUUAUCCAGUGCUUGACUGGAAUGACAUCAAAUUUCAAGAUGUGAUCGGGGAGGGUAAUUUUGGCCAGGUUCUUAAGGCGCGCAUCAAGAAGGAUGGGUUACGGAUGGACGCUGCCAUCAAGAGGAUGAAAGAAUAUGCCUCCAAAGAUGACCACAGGGACUUCGCUGGGGAACUGGAAGUUCUCUGUAAACUUGGCCACCACCCAAACAUCAUCAAUCUCUUGGGAGCGUGUGAACAUCGUGGCUACCUGUACCUGGCCAUCGAAUACGCCCCCCAUGGAAACCUCCUGGACUUCCUGCGCAAGAGCCGAGUGCUGGAGACCGAUCCGGCAUUCGCCAUCGCCAACAGCACCGCCUCCACACUGUCCUCCCAGCAGCUCCUCCAUUUCGCAGCAGACGUGGCCCGGGGUAUGGACUACUUGAGCCAGAAACAGUUUAUUCACAGGGAUCUGGCUGCCAGGAACAUUUUAGUUGGUGAAAACUAUGUAGCCAAAAUAGCAGAUUUUGGACUAUCCCGAGGUCAAGAAGUAUAUGUGAAAAAGACGAUGGGAAGGCUCCCGGUGCGCUGGAUGGCAAUCGAGUCACUAAAUUACAGUGUGUAUACAACCAACAGUGACGUAUGGUCCUAUGGAGUGUUACUAUGGGAGAUCGUUAGCUUAGGUGGCACCCCCUACUGCGGGAUGACAUGUGCGGAACUGUACGAGAAGCUGCCCCAGGGCUACAGACUGGAGAAGCCCUUGAACUGUGAUGACGAGGUGUAUGACCUCAUGAGGCAGUGCUGGCGGGAGAAGCCUUAUGAGAGGCCCUCGUUUGCCCAGAUCCUGGUGUCCUUAAACAGGAUGCUAGAGGAACGCAAGACCUACGUGAAUACCACGCUUUAUGAGAAGUUUGCCUAUGCCGGGAUUGACUGCUCUGCAGAAGAAGCAGCUUAGAACAAACCACAUCCGUCUGGAUGUGAUGUUGCUCCUUCCCGGCAUGUCGGACCCUCGAUGCCAAGAAAGCCAGCAAGACUCUGCCAAGAGAGGUGACACAGAAUAUAAAAAUGUAUAUAUAUAUUGCUGGAUGUCUGGGACGUGACCACGAAAACCCCUGUGUGUGAAUCUGUAGUACACUUUGACCCUACUAGGACUGUAUAUACUGUUUGGAGUAAGAAUGUGCUGAAAUCCGAAUGCCUGUUUGUGGUUUCAUAUGCAAUAAUAUAUUUUUCUAAAAAUAUGGACUUUACAGGAAGGUGUGCGCGUACAAUUACUAUGAUGCCUAACUCAUUAUCACCUUGGAUGUUUUUGAUAUUUACCUUCAUAGUGAAUGCUAUAAAACGUUUUGCUGUGUGGAAGAAAGAUGUUGUUACUAAACCUCACACCCACCCUGACAGCACUGGUGAGGGAAGUAGGGGAAAUAGGUUAGUCAGGACAUAGGUGAACAUUUGAAAGAGAUUCUCCCUUCCAUCUCUAAACUUUCUCCCUCAACUGUAGAAGCCAUUUCAAUUUCAUUUGGUCAUUGGACACCUUUGUCAUGUGUUUCCGGAGCCCCCAAGUCAAUCCAGAGUGCUACCAUCGAAAAAUAGACUUAAAUCUCUUUCCAUAGAAGUCUAAGGAUCUUUAGAGAAGUACAAGUUUGAUAAAUUAAUGGGAUUUAAUUUUAGUUUCUCUGGUGACCUUGAUUUGUGUAUUUUAAGAAAUCGAGUAGGAAACCUGGGGUUCUAUUUGGGAGACAUGUGACAUUUGUAUCAACAGAACAUCCCUCCACGUACCACGCAUUGUAAAGUUUCCGCGUUGAUCGAUUGUGAGUUUACAGUUUAUACCAUAGGCACACGUUGCCCUGAGAUCGUAUAGUAAGUGAAUAAAUGUCUUGCCUACCUGUUUUUCGUCCAGGAAUGUUUCUCACAGGUCUUGCCAGAUGUCUUUAUUAGACUUUCAAGUUACCGUCCUCCAACUUUGUCAGUAAGAUGCCCAUAGUGCUGUGAGUGGGGUACUCCACUGACAUGCUCUCUCCAGCUUGCAGCACUGGAAACAUCGAGAAGUGUUCUGUCUAGUCCCCUUUCUUGCAGCAGGGCCCUGUGUCUUCAGUAGUGCUCCAGUGUCAACUGAGGGCUUAGAAUUGGAAUCUCUUUUAACUGUGACAGUGUGAAAUCGUUCAACAGAGAGCGUUAAGUUUCCUAUUCCUGCCACUUAACCCACCUCGUGUAGUCAGAAACAACAGCAGAUUCAGGUGGAGACAGCACCAGCAAGGCUGCUGGCGUACCGCGAAUCAACAGAUGGAAACUCAAUGAAGAGCCCUGGAACACUGGUCCAGACAUCUGUAAUAGCUCCUGGGGCUUUUUACCCACGUGUUGUAGAGACACUCCUGACAGCGCUUAGUUUGGAAGUACAUGGAACCGAACAAGGAUGAUCUGAAAAUGCAGAUAAUCCCUUCAAAUUUUGCAUAUGGCUUUGGAACAAACUUUAAGGUUUUUUUUUUCCUGUAAAAGUUUGACCUUCUUCAUUAUAUAUUACUUAAAUUCAUAAUGAUCUAAAUUUGAAAUAUUUUGUUUCACAUCAAGUACAUGACAAGCGACCUGGCUAAGAAGUACAUGGGACAGCAAGAAAAAGAUGUCCAGGGAUCAUUAAGUUACUUGUAAGGCACAAUACGAAGGUGGCCAAACUGAAGUACGUUUGAGGGCAUAUCCUCACAAGCAACUGUCAGAAGGUAACUGGCGUGCUUCCGGCACAGAGACCGUGCUAUCGAUUACGCUGACUUACCUGUACUAUUGGGAGUGAAACCGUUGUAAUUUUGUAGCAUGUUAGCAACAUUAAUAUUGAAGAUUCAUACAGUAAUCAAACUGAAUAAAGUCCUGUACUUUCCACGUUAUCAGAAAGCAAGAAAGAUGGAGCUAACUCCUCACAGGAAUGAGACAAUUCAGGGAUUGGGAAUACAGGUUAGUGUGUUUAGAAGAUCGCUAGGACACGGCCUUAAAAAAAGGAGUAGGUAUGAAUUAAAAUCCAGUCACAAUACACCGGUUAGAAUAAGAACACAUUACACAAUAGCCAAAUAAGCAAAAUCUUUAUGUUAACAGAGUACACGGAAAACUUUACAUUUACUUUGUGAGGAAAAUCUGUUCUAUUUACCUAUGAGACCUAAAAAAAAAUUCUGUUAGGUAAAUACGGCUUUAGGUAUUUGGAGAAAAAAAGAAAUGUACGUAACUGGAGACGUGACCCUUAUGGAGGUCACAGGCCCACUGCUUCAACUGUAAACCAUACUCCAUUGUCACACGUGAUCCAUGAAGAGGAGUCA